ACGCUCUCCACCGGGUCUGACUCGCUGCGAAAGACUUCGGGGCUCGGGGCGAAGCUCGAGUGUAAGGGCCGUCGGGAGAGCAACAAGGAAGCCGAGGCGGUCGAGAGUCCCACCCAACGACCCCUCGCUCGGUCCAAAGGCAGUUUGGGUUUGGCGCAAAGAAAACCGGGGUCGGGCUUUUCCUCGAAAGCCGUCGCCCUGCUGUUCGCUUCCCGGGACAAAGAACACAGGACGACUUGCACGCUGGGGGCGCUGGGGCCGGCCAUGGUCAUGGAAGUGGUCUCCCUGGACGCCGGAGGCCUCCGGACGCUGCUGAGGGAGCGCGCGGCGCAGUGCCUGCUGUUGGACUGUCGCUCCUUCUUCGCUUUCAACGCCGGCCACAUCGCCGGCUCGGUCAACGUGCGCUUCAGCACCAUCGUGCGUCGGCGGGCCAAGGGUGCCAUGGGUCUGGAGCACAUCGUGCCCAACGCCGAGCUGCGCGGCCGCCUGCUGGCCGGCGCCUACCACGCCGUGGUGCUGCUGGACGAGCGCAGCGCCGCGCUGGACUGCGCCAAGCGCGACGGCACCCUGGCCCUGGCCGCCGGAGCGCUCUGCCGCGAGGCGCGCGGCGCGCAAAUCUUUUUGCUCAAAGGAGGAUAUGAAGCUUUCUCCGCUUCCUACCCGGAGCUGUGCAGCAAACAGUCGACCCCCAUGGGGCUCAGCCUUCCCCUGAGUACUAGUGUCCCUGACAGCGCCGAAUCGGGGUGCAGUUCUUGCAGCACCCCACUCUACGAUCAGGGUGGCCCAGUGGAGAUCCUGCCUUUUCUGUACCUGGGCAGCGCCUAUCAUGCUUCCCGCAAGGACAUGCUGGAUGCCUUGGGCAUCACUGCCUUGAUCAACGUCUCUGCGAACUGUCCCAACCAUUUCGAGGGUCACUACCAGUACAAGAGCAUCCCCGUGGAGGACAACCACAAGGCGGACAUCAGCUCCUGGUUCAAUGAGGCAAUUGACUUCAUAGACUCCAUCAAGAAUGCUGGUGGAAGGGUGUUUGUGCACUGCCAGGCGGGCAUUUCCCGAUCGGCCACCAUCUGCCUCGCUUACCUCAUGAGGACUAAUCGAGUCAAGCUAGAUGAGGCCUUUGAGUUUGUGAAGCAGAGGAGAAGCAUCAUCUCCCCCAACUUCAGCUUCAUGGGCCAGCUGCUGCAGUUUGAGUCCCAGGUCCUGGCCCCCCACUGCUCGGCAGAGGCGGGGAGCCCCGCCAUGGCUGUGCUUGACUGCAGCGCCUCCACCACCACCGUCUUCAACUUCCCGGUCUCCAUUCCGGUCCACCCCACGAACAGUGCAUUGAACUACCUUCAGAGCCCCAUCACGACCUCUCCCAGCUGCUGAAAAGCCACGGGAGGUGAUCUUCACUACCCACCGGGAUUCCAGGCUCCUUCUGGAAAGUGGAAAUGCAAUAACUCCAGGGAAGGGGGCUCGUGAGGGCUGGUCCUUAUUUAUUUAAUUUCACCCAAGUUCCACUGGGUUCCUGAGCAGUUGUAAUGAUGACUUCGCGCCAAGAUGUUUGCUGAACUCAGCACAUUUCGGGACCAACAUACAGUGGGUACAUCAAGUCCCUCAGACAGAAAGGGGCAGAAGAGAGAGGACUCAAGUGUGAGAGCCAAUUUCUUUUUGCUUGUCCCUGUUUUCUGAAGACACUUUUCAUGCUUGACAUACCUACCAGUAUUAUCAUUCCCGACAACACAUAUACAUAUGAGAAUAUACCUUGUUUUAUUUAUUUUUGUGUAGGCGGUCCACCUUCACAAAUGUCAGUGUCUACUCCUAGAAGAACCAAAUACCUCAAUUUUUGUGUUUGAGUACUGUAAUAUCCUGUAAAUAUAUCCUAAGCAGGUUUGUUUUCAGCACUGAUGGAAAGCACCAGUGUUGGUUUUGUUUUGUUUUUUAAGUUGCCAACAGUUGUAUGUUUGCUGAUUAUUUAUGACCUGAAAUAAUAUAUAUCUUCUUCUAAGAAGACAUUUUGUUACGUAAGGAUGACUUUUUUAUACAACAGAAUAAAUUAUGGCAUUUCUAUUGAAA